AUGGAACCUCCAUCAUCUCCCUCCUCUACCAUUACCACCCCACCUGACUAUCGUGAAACCUCUCGGAGGUUAGGCAAACUGAUCGCGGAGGCAAUGACCUGCCGUUUCGCCCUCCUGCAUUAUGACAGUGCCUCAAAGUCCAUGAUCGAAUGGUGUUGGCCUGUCGAUAGCGAUGGAAAGAAGAUUCCGCCGUCCCGUCUAGAGAAGUACCGCGACGAACACGAUUUUAAAUACCCGUGCUGUCUAUGCGCUGAUGGCGGUGGAAGAGGGGCGUACACAGAGGUGGCAGUAUACUCUUGGCGGAAUGAGAUUGCCAAGAAAACUGAUUGGACUGCACGAUGUGCAUCAGAUACAUGCGGUUACCGAGGCACCUUCCAAUACCCGCAAAGAGGUAGGAGCUUGCUUGGUUGCAGCACCACAGCUUCAUUGACGGAUAACUUGGAUGCAGAACAACGAACCCUACCUAUUGAACUAGAGUGGAACCACAGAGAGCAGGCAGAGUUGUUGAACAGGCUUGGCUCAGCUGAUGGCAUUGGGAUUCCGGCGAGGGAGUUCCGUGUUCUGUUUAAACGCUGCAAAAAGUGCAUGCAAGUCGGAGUAAGGCCGGUGAUGAACCGCCAUAUCUGUUCAGGAGGAGUGCAGAAGGACCCCCGUCAUCGUUAG